AUGGACCAAACUCUUGCUGAGUUGCUGCACAUGCUGGUCACAGCUGAAAAGACUUUCAAAAAGGAAAGUGGGAGUGGGAUUGUGGCUACCUUCGAGAAAGGCUCUUCUUCCUCUACUAAACCUAAGCCUAAAACCAAAGGCAAGGGCAAGGGAAAGGAGAAGAAGACUACUGUAGUUAAGCCCAAGGGUAAAAUCACCAAAAAGAAGGCAAAGGAGCCCAAAGGAAUAUGCUUUUACUGCAAUGAAAAUGGGCACUGGAAGAGGAACUGCAACAAAUAUCUUGAAAGCCUGAACAACAACAAACCUUCAGGAGGUACUAUUCUUGUUCUUGAAUCAGUUCUAACAGUUAGUUCUUCUACUUGGAUAUUUGAUUCAGGCGCUAGCCAACAUGUUUGCAAUUCCUUGCAGGGGCCAGGGGCUAGUGGGAAGUAG